CAGUGGGCAGACCAGGGGAAUCUACUUUGACAGCUUGCUACAUUCCAGUUAUGUCUCUACCCAUUGUAUGCUGGACAUCACAGCGUUAUUAUAAGGACUCUUUUAUACUUACCUCAUGUGUUGACUGAAUGUUAAAAUUGUUUCUGAAGCUGGCUGCAACCCAAAGUGUUUAAACAGGUUAAACCAGGCAUGGCCAACAGGUAGAUCGUGAUCUACCGGUAGAUCACUGGACGUCUGUGGUAGAUCACUGGUAGAUCAUUGGCUCCCCCCAAAGAAGCUGCACAACUGUGGCUCCCCUAAAAAUAGCUCAACAUUUUACCUCCUCCCUGAAAAAAACUCAACAACUUUGACCUGAACCCCCAAAAGGGGGUAGAUCACUGCCAGUUUUUAACUCUGUGAGUAGAUCGCAGUCUCUUGGGAGUUGGUCACCCCUGGAACCAUUACCGAUGAGGAAAAACCGUUUUCUUUCUUUCAUACCUAUACUUCUAAAGAAUCGGCUGCGACUCAGAUCUGUUUUAUUCCAUGUUUAUUAUUACUCUGUACAUUACACUGUAUCAAAGGGAGGAGAAGCGGCCAUAAUCUGGUAAGCGGGACAACACGUACACAGCCUCCUCCGGAAUAAUGAAAUUCCACCUCCAGCUGUGCCAGACAGCCGACCAUCUUCUAUAGUAUACAAUGGAUUUUCCUCUCAAUGUGGAUUCGGACCAAGCCCAAGUCAAUGGACAACCAUCACCCUCCUGAUGAGUGUGAAACUUCCCUUUUGACCUGGGGGAAUGUAGAAGGGAGGAGCCAGAAACACCUGGCCAGGUGCUCAAAUUACUACCUCUGGACCCCUCCUUCUUGUGAUGUACUGAUGAUGUAUUAGUGACAUGUUAGUGAUGUAUCGUUAGGGGUGUAUCUUGGUGAUGGGGAGCACAUAAAAAGGGAAGACCCCUUUUGUUCGGGGUCUCCAUCUUGCUUCACUUCGUUGCAGGUGGGGCCCUGUCGCGACAGCCUAUCUUUUAAUAAAGACCAAGCCUACUGGCUGCUGUUUUGCUCUGAUAUUUUGGCUGGAGUCUUGUUUUGUCCAAGGGAGCCCUCAGAUUUUCCAUUAACAGUGCUUCCGACAACCCCGUAAGGGCUGACUCCUAAGGAUGCCCAGAGCCACAGUGAAGCUCAUCGUCACAGGAGAUGACUUUGGCUACUGCCCAAGAAGAAACCAAGGCAUCGUGGAGUGUUUUCUCUCCGGCGGGGUGUCCAACGUGUCCCUCCUGGUGAACGGCAGCGCUGCGUCCGAUGCGGCACAACUGGCGAGGAGGUAUCACAUUCCAAUAGGGCUCCAUGCCAACCUUUCUGAGGGCUCUCCUGUUUGCCCGGCGUUGAAAGCGAAGUCCACAUUGCUCAACGAAGAAGGAUUUUUCCACGGAAAGAUGGGGAUCCGGAGAGCGUUAGCAGAUGGUCUCCUGAACAUGUCUGAGGUGAAACACGAACUAACCGCACAGGUUGACUUGUUCCGUGAGCUCACAGGUCACCUGCCUCAACACAUGGACGGACACCAGCAUGUUCACGUCCUCCCAGAGAUCAGAAAUGUAUUUGCACAGGUGCUGGAGGAUUAUGGGAUCACCUAUACCCGAGUCCCCAUCGAGCCAGACCUUCCCCGCUGCGAUUGGAUAGACCCACACUUAAUGGCCUUUUACCUGGGCGUGGAGAAGGACUCCUUAAACACGGUGGAUGUGUUUAGGAAACACAGAAUAAGGUGGCCAGAUGUAUAUAUAGGCCUGAGCACCAUGGGCAAAAACAUGUCCAUCGCCAACAUCCUGGGGGCCAUUGAUAACGCUACAGCGGCUUACCUGCCGGAAGAAGACUCCUCCAUUCCUCCUGGCUGCUCGCCGUCAGGCUCAGAUCAAGAAACCAGAACUGUAACCAUUGAGCUGAUGACUCAUCCAGGGUACCCCAGCGUCCCGCCAGUUGGGGGCUGCGGCGAGGGACCCGACGAUUUCUCGCAGUCCUGGGAACGCUUGCACGAACUCGAGACGCUCAAGAACGCAGAGUUGCAGAGCCACUACAGAACAAGGAACAUCCAGCUCUGCGCAUUUAAAGACCUUGGGAUGUGACACUGCAAUUUUUUUGCUGGCUGGGCUGGGCCAGGCUAAGCAUGACGCUGAGUGAGGUGCAGAGUUAAGACCCACCCUUCCCCCCAAAAAAUUGACCGCUUGGUGUGGCACAGAGGCUCCCUGUGCAAGGAGAACUUCCACCCUUUGCAGCUCAGGACAGAGGUUGCGCCCCAUUUUCACAGCACUGGGGAACAGAAGUUAUAUCCCUAUGGAGGGAAACUUUGGACAGUAACAGGACCAGCAGGUAGAGCAGAUGAUUCUAGGAGCAGGAAAGAUUGCAUAGGAAACUGUAUGGGCCUCUCAUUCAUUGUGGGUUGGGCCUCUGGUAUAGAAAAAUACACCUUUGGAUCUGCCAGAGUGCUGGGAUCUGAUUCAACAUACUAUUAGUCUACAGCAGGCAUGGCCAAACUUGACCCUCCAGCUGUUUUGGGACUACAAUUCCCAUCAUCCCUGAGCACUGGUCCUGUUAGCUAGGGAUGAUGGGAGUUGUAAUCCCAAAACAGCUGGGGGGCCAAGUUUGGCCAUGCCUGGACAGGUAUCGGUCUGGUCCAUUAUCCAGGGGAUUCGAAGCAGGGAGCAUGUGAACUCAACACAAGCUUAAAUCAACACUCUUCACUAAGUAAAAAACACUUCUUCAGAUACCAAGAUACGAAAGCUCAUACCAAUGACAAACUUAGUUGGCCUCUAAGGUGCUCCUGGAAGGAUUUUUUUAUUUUGUUUUGACUACGUCAGACCAACAUGGCUGCCUACCUGUAACUCUUCACUAAGGUCAGCCAGCUGCCUCACCAAUAAAAGCUGAACUGGACCACAUACAUGGGGAAUUGGCAUCUGUGUCCUUAGUUUAGACAAUUUAUUUCACUUUUUCUGGAGAGGCAAGGGGAUGAGAGUCCUGAUAUAAAAUGGUAGCUUCACUGUCACAAGCUUGGAAAUGUGGCUGUUGAACAAAUUUGCAGGCUGCUGAAUGUUGUGGGCAGUUGUGUUGGCGUAGAAUGCUGUCAGCCGGCGUGUAUGAAAAACACUGCUUGCACCAUGAGAAUAGUGGACAGGAUAUGAAAUGUACAAAUCGAUUUAUUGGCACAAUGGCAGAAAUAUUCCCAAAGGGUUCAAUCUUGGGGAGUGGUGGGGUCCCCGGAUCUAGGGCUGUGUGUGUUAGGAGCUGCCAUACACAGAUAAGACAUUCUUUGCACCGACCUAGAGCAUAGGGGCCCAUUGUUGCAUACGAUUCUAAAAUGAGUAGCCCUGUGGUUUACCCACAAAUUAAAUGGUUUCAGCACAUGCAGGCAAUGUGGAAACAAAAUAUUAACUCCCUCUGCCCCAAUUUCUUUUUAAAGAGGACUGUGCAUGCUAUAGUCACUAAACAUCUGCAUCCAGGCUAUUCUGGCCUUGAGAUGGCCAUCAGAUCAAUCCUUGGCUUAACAUGGUUCUGUUCCUUGGAGUUAUGCUUGGGACCAUACAGAACCAAAAGGCUGCCUUGGGUAUGUGGAUGGUGGGAUCCCCUAGUGUCAGCUGACAACCAGCUGUACAGGAAGUGGGAGAAAGGGUGUGGUCAGUCAUGUCUGGCUCCCAGUGAAACACCCCAAUCUCCUCCUCCUUUACUUCCCACUUAGU